GUCUCUCUCUGUGGAGCUUCCAUUAGCUCGAUGGAGGAACAUUCAAACCAUUAUGCAGAAGCAGCAAUUCCCCAGAACGUGGAAGGAGAAGUUGAAUCGGAAGAAAGAGAUCCAGAAAGCAAUUCACUGAUCCAACCACUCCUCAAGAGAAACAGAACACUCUCUUCCAAUCCACUGGCUCUGGUUGGAGCCAAAGUCUCCCACAUCGAGAGUCUGGACUACGAGAUCAAUGAGAAUGACCUGUUUAAGCACGACUGGAGAAGCAGAUCCAAGGUCCAAGUCUUCCAGUAUGUAUUGUUGAAAUGGACGCUUGCCUGGCUCAUUGGACUUCUAACCGGUCUAAUUGCCACUCUCAUCAACCUCGCCGUUGAGAAUAUUGCAGGCUACAAGCUUCUUGCUGUGGUUGCUUACAUAGAUGAGGAAAGGUACCUGAUGGGGUUCAUCUUUUUAGCUGUGACAAAUCUUCUAUUCACCGCAGUUGCCGCUGUUCUCUGCGUGUGUUUCGCACCCACUGCAGCUGGACCUGGUAUACCUGAAAUCAAAGCUUAUCUAAACGGAGUUGAUACUCCCAACAUGUUUGGUGCCUCCACAUUGAUCGUCAAGAUAGUUGGAAGCAUUGGGGCCGUCUCUGCAGGUUUAGAUCUGGGAAAAGAAGGACCUCUGGUGCACAUAGGAAGCUGCAUUGCUUCCUUACUAGGCCAAGGGGGGCCUGACAAUUACCGUGUUAAAUGGCGCUGGCUUCGCUACAUGAAUAACGACCGUGACCGCCGGGAUCUCAUUACCUGUGGGGCCGCCUCAGGGGUCUGUGCAGCCUUCCGAUCCCCUGUGGGUGGUGUACUGUUUGCUCUUGAAGAGGUGGCAACAUGGUGGAGGAGUGCCCUUCUGUGGAGAACUUUUUUCAGCACAGCCAUUGUGGUGGUGGUGCUCAGGGCUUUUAUUGAAAUAUGCAGCACCGGGGAAUGUGGCCUUUUUGGAGAAGGAGGGCUUAUCAUGUUUGAUGUCAGCACUGUAACUGUGACAUACCGUUGGAUGGAUAUUGUCCCUGUUGUUGUGAUUGGCAUUAUUGGUGGCGUUUUGGGAAGCUUGUACAAUUAUUUUCUUCACAAGGUCCUCAGACUGUACAAUCUCAUAAAUCAGAAGGGGAAAAUUCACAAGAUCCUCCUCAGUCUUGUGGUAUCACUUUUCACCUCUACGUGCCUAUAUGGUCUUCCUUUCCUUGCCAAAUGUACACCCUGUGAUCCCUCACUUACAGAUUCUGUCUGCCCCACCAAUGGACGGUCUGGCAACUUCAAACAGUUCAACUGCCCAGAUGGCUACUAUAAUGACUUGGCUACUCUACUGCUUACCACUAAUGAUGAUGCAGUUCGAAACAUCUUCUCAACAAACACUUCCACUGAAUAUCACCCACUCAACCUCCUAAUCUUCUUUGCACUCUUCUGCAUCUUAGGAUUGUUUACCUUUGGAAUUGCUGUGCCGUCUGGCCUGUUCCUCCCCAUCAUCCUUAUGGGUGCAGCCUAUGGCCGCAUGCUUGGUAUUGCCAUGAAAUCGUACACAGACAUUGACCAGGGACUCUACGCUGUUCUUGGUGCAGCUUCCCUAAUGGCAGGAUCGAUGAGGAUGACUGUUUCACUAUGUGUCAUAUUUCUUGAGCUGACCAACAAUCUUCUCUUACUGCCCAUAACAAUGAUUGUCCUUCUAAUUGCCAAAACUGUUGGAGACUGUUUCAACCCAAGCAUCUAUGAGAUUAUACUGCACUUAAAAGGUCUACCUUUCUUAGAUGCACAUCCAGAGCCAUGGAUGAGGAAUCUGAAUGUAAGUGAACUUGCAGAUGCCAAGCCUCCAGUAGUCACCCUCCGUGGAAUCGAAAAGGUGGAACGGAUUGUGGAGGUCCUCAGAAACACCACACAUAAUGGCUUCCCAGUUGUAGAUGAUGGAGUUGUGCCAUCAGUAGGACUAGCUGUUGGGGCAACAGAACUACAUGGACUAAUACUAAGAGCUCACCUUGUCCAGGUGCUGAAGAAGAAGUGGUUCCUAAAGGAAAGGAGAAGAACAGAGGAGUGGGAAGUGAGAGAGAAGUUUACCGCAGUUGAAUUAGCCGAGAGAGAAGGAAAGAUUGAGGAGGUGGCUGUGACAAGUGGUGAAAUGGAGAUGUAUGUCGAUCUGCAUCCACUCACCAAUACGACACCUUACACAGUGAUCGAAAGCAUGUCGGUGGCAAAAGCUAUGGUGCUUUUCAGACAAGUGGGACUCCGCCAUUUGCUCAUUCUGCCAAAGUACGAGGCAGCAGGGGUGCCUCCAGUGGUUGGGAUCUUAACCAGGCAGGAUUUGAUAGCCUACAACAUUUUGAAUGCCUUUCCUCAUCUCAAAAAUCCCAAAGGCAGAGAGAAGGGGAACUGAAAAUGUCUUCUCCUCAACCAACUCACAGCUUUCUAGGGGCAAGAUGCUGCUUUCUUCUUUAUACUCAUUGAUUCAUUUUUACGUCAAAUUCCAAAGAAGUCAGAUAGAUAUGGCACAACGGUGCAAUUUUAUUAAUUUGUAACUAUUCAUUUUACACAUAUUUUAGGAGAUGAUGAACAAAAUUCCUUUCCUUGAAAGAGGAAACAACAGAGAGGAAUUGGUUUUGCUA